AUGGCGCCCAUGAAGAUGACAGCGGCCGUGACCUGCGGUGCAGGCGGGAAGGUCGAGAUCCGCGAGAUCGACACGCCGGGAGCGAAAUUGGGACCCACAGAAGCACUGGUCAAAGUGGUGGCUGCUGCAAGCAAUCCUACUGACUGGAAAUCAGUAACAUUUGUCCCUACAACGGGGAAUGUAGUGGGAUGUGAUUUUGCAGGGAUAAUCGAAGAACUUGGCUCGGAGAUACCUUUGGACUCUCACAAAGUCGGAGACCGCGUCGCCGGUAUAGUCCAUGGCGCGGCGUACCCAAAUGGUGCAUUUGCCGAAUACGUUGUUACGCCUGCUGCCCUGCUCCUUCCCCUACCGGAUUCCUGGUCGUUUGAGCAAGCUGCUCAACUUGGCAUCGCAGGAUAUACCGCUUGUCUCGCCCUUUACUAUGCUCAAUCACUUCCUUCACCAAUUCAUCCUGCUGAGGAACCAAUUGAUAUCCUUGUCUGGGGUGGUUCGUCCUCUGUUGGCCAAUAUGUUGUGCAACUGGCGCACCUCAGUGGGCUACGUGUCAUAGCAACUUCUUCACCCCGGAACUUUCCUCUUCUCCAGUCACUUGGAGCUGAUCUAGUGUUCUCGUACGCCGACCCCGAGGUACCCGAACAAAUCCGAGGAGCGACUAGCGGCAAACUUGCACAUGCAGUAGACUGUAUCUCCGAGGGCGAAACGCCUUCACAGGUUAUUCAAGCUAUGGGCGACCAAGGAGGCGUCCUAACAACAUUACUGCCAUAUAAAAGCUCUAGACUGAACGUCGAGACAAAUCUUAUUCUCGGAUAUCACCUCCUCGGUAAAGACACUGAGAUACCAAUUCAGAUGCCUCUUGAUAUUGCGCAAUACGAAUUCGGGCCACAAGCAACAGAAAUACUCACCACGGUGCUUUCGAACGGUAAACUCAAACCGGGACCUAUCAAAGUCAUGCCAAAAGGGCUCGAAAGUGCGAAUGACGGACUCGAUUACAUGCGAGAGGGAAAGGUCAGCGGAGAAAAGAUUAUCUAUCGUAUUGCUGAUACGCCAGUCCAGAAGGAACAGCAGAAGAGUCAGAUAUUUGAAUGGGUCAUGUGGCUGUUUCGAAUAUUCAAUUACUAA